AGCCGGUGCGGGCCGCCAUUGUGGCCAGUUCGAUCGGUAUCGGGAGCGGAGAGCGGAGCUCAGCGAGCCCGGAGCAGGGAGCAGCCCCCCCACGGCCGGCCUCAGUCACCAUCACACCGCGGGAGGCGGCGCAAACAGCCAGUCACCACCACCGUCCGCACCGAACAGCCGCCGCCAUGAGCAGCGAGGCCGAGACCCAGCCGCCCGCCGCCCCCGUCCCCGCGGCGGCCCCCGCCGCCCCCGCCGACUCUAAGCCUAACGGCGGCACCGGGAACGGGGGCAGCGGCCUGGCCUCGGCGGCGCCUCCCGCCGGCGGGGACAAGAAGGUCAUCGCAACGAAGGUUUUGGGAACAGUGAAAUGGUUCAACGUGAGGAACGGUUACGGCUUCAUCAACAGGAAUGACACCAAGGAAGAUGUGUUUGUCCAUCAGACUGCCAUAAAGAAGAAUAACCCCAGGAAGUACCUCCGCAGUGUAGGAGAUGGAGAGACCGUGGAGUUUGAUGUGGUUGAGGGAGAAAAGGGUGCGGAGGCAGCUAAUGUUACAGGUCCCGGUGGAGUUCCAGUGCAAGGCAGUAAAUACGCAGCAGACCGUAACCAUUACAGACGAUAUCCACGUCGUAGGGGUCCUCCACGCAACUACCAGCAAAACUACCAGAACAGUGAGAGUGGGGAAAAGAACGAAGGAGCAGAGAACAUACCAGAAGGUCAAGCCCAGCAACGCCGUCCCUAUCGCAGGCGGCGGUACCCACCUUACUAUAUGCGUAGGCCCUACGGGCGUCGACCACAAUAUUCCAACCCUCCCGUGCAGGGAGAGAUCGUGGAGGGUGCUGACAACCAGAGUGCAGGAGACCAAGGCAGACCAGUCAGGCAGAACAUGUAUCGAGGUUAUAGACCCCGAUUUCGCAGCUUGACUUUCAGGGGUCCUCCUCGUCAAAGACAGCCUAGAGAGGAUGGGAACGAAGAAGAUAAGGAGAACCAAGGGGAUGAGACCCAAAGUCAGCAGCCACCUCAACGUCGGUACCGUCGUAACUUCAACUACAGACGCAGACGCCCAGAGAACCCUAAACCACAAGAUGGCAAAGAGACGAAGACAGCCGAACCACCAGCUGAGAACACGUCCGCUCCCGAGGCCGAGCAGGGCGGGGCUGAGUAAAUACCGGCUUACCAUCUCUACCAUCAUCCGGGUGCGU